AUGCGGCAGAAAUACAAGAAGGGAAAGCAAGGAAAGCCAGGAAAGCCAGAGAAGCCAGGACCACCAAAGGCCAGCAAGGUGCGAAAAAGCGGCGGCAAGGAGGGCCCUUCCAAGACCGAGAGGCCCCGGCCGGCCAAGCGCCUGAAGCGAGCGAAGAGCGCUCCGAAGCGCAAAGCCACCGAGCUGGACGAGGGGGACGAGGAAGCGGCGCGCUACCCGCCAGGAGUGGGCCGGGAGGAUGUGGAGAGGGCCGAGGAGUACCGGAAGAAGCACCGGGUGGCAGUGAAAGGCCUUUGCCCACCGCCCCUGGACUCCUUCACGAGUGCCGAAACCUGUUUGGGCAAAGAUCUCAUCGAGGCCAUGUACGACCAGGGCUACGAUGCCCCGACACCCAUCCAGGCACAGGCCUGGCCAGUGGCUGCCCAGGGCCAGGACCUGGUGGCAAUUGCUGAGACAGGCAGUGGCAAGACCUGCGCCUACCUGCUCCCGGCCAUGGCACGCAUUGCGAAGUGGGGCCCGAAGAAGACCAUCCACCAGGGCGCGGGCAAAGAUGACCGGCCCCCAGCGCAGCCCUAUGCGCUGGUGAUGGCUCCCACGCGUGAGCUGGUUCAGCAGAUCUGCGUUGAGGCCCUCAAGUUUGCAGAGGGGUCUGUUCGAGCCAUGGGGAUUUAUGGAGGCGUGCCCAAGGGGCCACAAGUGUCAGAGCUGAAAUCGGGCAUUGAUUUGCUUGUGGCCACACCCGGUCGGCUGCGCGACUUCAUGACCGGUGACCCUAAGAAGGGGGCGGCGCCUGUUGUGAUCGUCGAGGCGGUCUCGUACGUGGUUUUGGACGAGGCGGAUCGGAUGCUCGACAUGGGCUUCGAGCCGGAGAUCCGCUGGAUUGUGGGGCAAUGCCCAGCAGGUGGGGACUGCCAGGAUGUGGUCAAGGGCAGCGCGAGGCAGACUCUGUUCUUCACCGCGACGUGGCCCAAAGAUGUGCGCAAGAGCGCCUUGUUCUUCACCAGGAGCGCCGUGCAGAUCCAAGUCGGCCAGGGGGUUGGGCGGCUUGCAACCAACACCAAGAUUAAGCAAACGGUCAGCCUUGUGCGAGAAGAAGACAAGCUCGUUGAGCUUAAGCGCGUGCUUGCUUCGCAGCUGAAGCCCGGCGAAACCGCUGUGGUCUUUGGUGGGCGGAAGGGCACCUGCGAUGCUCUGCAGCAGGAGCUCACCUGGGACCCCUUGAAGCCAGAUCCUCCGGUCUGCGCCUGGUGCCGGGCACUCCACGGCGACAAGGAUCAAGCCGAGCGCGACAAGACGCUGUCAGCCUUUCGUGCGAUGACGGAGAUGCCGCGCAAGGGGCAGAAAGGCGUCCUGGUAGCAACUGACGUGGCGUCCCGCGGGCUGGACAUUCCGGGCGUUGCACUGGUGGUCAUCUUUGACUAUGCCGAGUCCAGCCACUCGCCACAGGAGGCGGCGGAAGCCUACAUCCACAGGAUUGGCCGGACGGGGCGUGCUGGCAAGGAGGGAAGAGCCAUCACCUUCUUCGACCCUGAAAAGGACGCUGGCGCCUCACAGCUUGUGGGAUUGCUGCAGUCGGCGGACCAGGAGGUGCCAGCGGAGCUGCAGCAGCUGGCAUCCAAACCAAUGGUCAAGGCGAAGCUUUCCAAGAAGGAGAAGAAGGCGGCCAAGAAAGGCAAGGGUGCUGCCCUGAGACAGGUCGUGGCAAGGGGAAAGGCCUGA